UGCUUGUUUUCCUGUAUAGAAAGGAGAGAUCGUUCCCGGCGAAUCUUGGACCUGAAAGAGUAUAACCUAUUUAAGAGUCUUGAAGACUGAAGAGCGAGUCUCCCUGAUGGGCAAGAAGCGCAAAUCUCCAAGAAAGCAAGAAGAGGCGGACAGGGACAUGACGGUGGUCGCCGUAGAUUAUCCCGGCGACACGGCCGACGAUGAGCCCCGCCGUUUCAUUUCUCAGUGGUCGAUCUUUAGGGUUCCAGCACAUAUCCGUCAGGUCGAUGAGAAGGCGUACAACCCAAGGGUCGUCUCAAUCGGCCCGUUCCAUUGGAACCGGCCUGCCUUGAGAGCCAUGGAAGCGCAGAAGGUGAGGUUCUACGAGCGACUCAUGACACGGAUGGCUUACGAAGAUCGUGAUGUGGGCAUCAAGACGGCGAUGAUGAAAUUGGAGCCCGAUGCGAGGAGGUGUUACUCAGAGGAAUUUGACGACAUUAGCACCGACGAGUUUGUCGAGAUGAUGGUUCUUGAUGGUUGCUUCAUUGUGGAACUCAUGAGGCUUUCCCAUGAGAGCAAUCAGGACGAAGAGGGACAAUUUGUGGAAGAGCCGAUAUUUGCAACCAGAUGGAUGCUACCCAACAUCACUAGAGAUCUUCUCAUGCUCGAGAACCAAUUGCCAAUGUUCGUGUUGCAAGAGAUCUUCAACCUCACGACGUUCGACCAGAACGCAACGCCUCUAAACAAGCUUGCCCUGCUAUUCAUGGAGCCUCUGAGUCCGCAGAAGGGACAAUACACCGACAUAAAGUUGGACGACAAGGGCGAGCAUCACCAUCUCCUCGCCCUAUUCCACUCGAGCUUCAUUCCUUCCAACAUUCGCCCUUUGCGAAUCGAACGAGGCGCUCGAUGGAACAGGCAAGAGAAUUUCCCAGGGAAGUUGUGGGUCCACGAGGCGAAGAGGCUACGGAGAGCGGGCAUCCGGUUCAAGGACAACCCUGGUAACCUCCUCAACAUAGAGUUUGCGAAUCGGGAGCUCAAGAUACCCACCCUCUUCAUCGACGAGUGGACGGGGGCGCUCCUGAGGAACUUGCUUGCUUACGAGCAGUGCAACGCAUUCGCCCUGCCGUAUAUCACCUGUUAUGCGAUCUUCCUCAACAGUAUCAUUGAAGACCUGAAAGACAAGGAGAUCUUGCAAGACGCAGGGAUCAUAUACCAAUCGGUGGACGAAGACGAAGAGGUGGUGGACCUCAUCAAUAGCCUCACGAAGGAGCUCGCGUUUGAUAUGAACGACAUGAGCGACUGCUUCAUAGCCGAGCAAAUUGAGGACAUCAACAAUUUCUGCAAAUCUUGGCAGAGCAAGUGCAUUUUUCUGCUCUCCCGUUUUGAAAAUAUCUUGUCAUUAAUCAUACCAUUCAGAUAGUUGUAAUAAUAUUUUAAAUUCUACGAUUCACAUUCUAACCUUAUAUUGUAACACACUCGAUCAUUCUUUUUAUACUAAUUCAAUAUCGAUGUAUUGCUCAUGCAA